AUGCAUCUAAGAGUUAAUGGCAUGAUUGUAGGGUUUGUUGCAGCAGUGAUUUAUCUGAUUAGAGAAUCGGAAGCGGUUUCCAAUGCGGGUUUACCACCGAACUGGGGUUUAACUACUGUUAACCGGUCUAGUUUCCCUAGUGAUUUUAUCUUUGGUUCUUCUUCUUCUUCGUUUCAGAAUGAGGGUGGAACAAAUGAAGAUGGUAGAGCGCCAAGUAUAUGGGAUACUUUUACUCGAAGACAUUCUGACAAGAUCGCUGAUCACAGUAAUGGGAACAUGGCAACUGAUAGUUAUCAUCGAUACAAGGAGGAUGUGAAGAUGAUAAGGCAAAUGAGCAUGGAUGCAUACAGUUUCUCUAUCUCAUGGUCUCGAGUUAUACCACUUGGAAAAAUAAGCGGUGGUGUUAAUGAGCGAGGAAUUUCAUACUACAAUAACCUCAUAAAUGAACUUCGAGCCAACGAUCUUGAACCCUUUGUGACUCUAUUUCACUUUGAUCUUCCUCAAGCUCUAGAAGACGAGUAUGGAGGGUUCUUGAGUUCCCGCGUUGUGAAUGAUUUUCGUGAUUUCGCUGAGCUAUGUUUUAGAAGAUUUGGUGAUCGGGUCAAAUACUGGAUCACCAUGAACGAACCAUGGAGCUAUAGUGUCGGAGGUUAUGAAAAAGGCAAUUUUGCCCCUGGCCGGUGUUCUGACGCUGUGGGUAAAUGCCCCGCCGGCGAUUCAGGAAUCGAGCCCUAUAUCGUCACUCAUAACAUGCUUCUUGCCCAUGCAGCUGCCACCAAAUUAUAUCAUGAUAUCUAUAAGGGGCCUCAAAAUGGCAAGAUUGGAAUCUCACUUGUGACACGAUGGAUGGUGCCAUAUUCCGACGUGAAAUUACAUCGGGAUGCUGCAAUUCGUGCUCUUGAUUUUGAUUUUGGUUGGUUUAUGAAUCCAUUAACGUUUGGGGAUUACCCUGAGAAUAUGCGAAUUAAUGUUGCAAAUAGAUUACCUCGAUUCACAGCAGAAGAAUCCUACACACUAAGGAAUUCGUUGGAUUUUCUUGGAUUGAAUUACUACACUGCGAAUUUUGUGCAACAUGUAUCUGAAGCUGUUACUGAUAACAUGACUCGUUCUUCCGAUUCUCAAGCUGAAUUAUCAAUUGAAAGGAAUGGAAUUCCAAUUGGUUCAAAGGGUGGAUCGGAUUGGCUUCGGUCAUACCCACAAGGAAUUCACGAUCUUCUAGUGUACAUUAAAAACAACUACAACAAUCCAAUAAUUUACAUUACAGAAAAUGGAGUUGAUGAGCCAAACAAUUCCUCGUUAUCUCUCCGAACUGUUCUGCAAGACGAUUUCCGGGUUCAAUAUUAUGUUGUUCAUCUUCAGAAGCUUCUACAAUGUAUCAAUUCAGGGGUGAAUGUGAAGGGUUACUUUGCACGGUCAUUGAUGGACAGCUUCGAAUGGGAUCGUGGCUAUACCGUCCGGUUUGGGCUACAUUUUGUGGAUUAUAACAAUGAUUUGAGACGAUAUCCUAAGUUUUCAUCAACUUGGUUAACCAAUUUCAUGCGGAUUAAGGGCUAA